UAUCACCAAAGCUCAGGUACUAAAGCCCCAAAGGGACCCCGUCCUGUCGCCUUCCUAGUCGUCGUCUUCCAUGGUGCGAUGGGUGCCUGUGAGGUCCCGCGUCCUGCCCCCUUCACACCUUCCCCUUCAGUGCGUGGUGUACUAAACAAAGAAUCCCCCCCGUUUGUUGGCCCGCCGCUCGGGAAUUCUCGAGCUUGGUGUUGUUCUGAAACGAAAUGAACGGACGGUCCCAUCAUGGCUUGGCAGUAGGUUGGGAUUAAGUUCGUUGGAGUUCGGUUCGGGCAGGUGAACUUGGGUGAACUAUCUUGAAUGCAAUAUGCCUGGGAUGGAUGGGGAGAGGCGUGCUCCUCCUUCUCCUGCUCCUCCUCCUCUUCGUCCUCGCCUUCUUCAUCUGUGAGUUCUCGGUCGGUCGGUCCGUCGGUCUUCUCUGGAGGAGCACCCUCCUCGGUCCUCGCUGCUCGCUCCUCGGGUUCGGUUUCGGUUUCCUCGGCUGUGUCUGGCUAGUUGUGCUCCCCCCUAGGUUAGUUGGAGGACUUUGGAGGUAGGUGUGGAGUGGUGUUAUUCUCGAGCGAUCUCAGUUUGAAUUUAGGUAGGGAUCUUGGUAGUGAGUGCCCGAAGACUUGCUGCCACCAUCAUCCACGUUGACUGGCUUCAUCCAACGUUCAUAAGUCAUAACAAUGCAUUGGGAUUGGUGAUUCACUCCCGAGUGUGAAGAUUUGAAUACUAACUCGAUUCCUAGUGUGCGGAGUUAUUGAGCAAGAUGAACAAGACAGACGGACGACCUGACAAUUGUUCAUGUUGUGAGUUUUUGUGACUUUGAACUACUACAAAAAGGCGAGAAAAUCUCUUAUCAAUUUCCGCCGCAAUUGUGCCUGAUUCCACUUGUUUAACGACAAAUUGGAGCUUGUGUUCAUUCUGGCUCCGGAUUCUCGGCUACACUUAAGCGGCCAUCGAGGGAUCCUGUGGUGCUUUGAUCUCCAAACGCUCCAAUCUCUAUGUCGCGUUUACCAGGCAUGCAUUGACACUUUCGUUUUUCUGAAAGCUUGAUAUUCAUCCCAAGCAUCAUCAGUGUUGGGGGAACAGACCUCCCUCUCAAGAGAUUUCCGCCUGGCUCGGAGUCCAUCCCUGCAAGAACUCGAGUUCAUUACAACAAAACUUUGCUUGAUCAGUGCCUGCAACUUUUGUGUCGUCAGCCAUACUAUCCAACAUCUCGCAAGAAGUGGACUCGAGUUUGAGGAGGUGAGCGAAAUUCAAGUUCUUUGCCUCCAAGUCUUCAUCUCAUUUCCGGUGCUAAAAAGAAGAAAAUAGAAUUCAAUUUUAGUGCGACUUUCCUUACUUUUGUCGCUACAAAAAUCUGUGCGUUGAAUGAGGAACACCACUCAAGUGAUACAAGUACCAUUGCAGCCAUCAUCCUCUGUCUAGCCUGAUGGGUGAAAACGUCAGUGUCUUGAACCAACGGCAAAAAGUGAUCUAACCGUCCCAAAAGGGCAUGAGGGAGAGCCGUUGGCGCUCGAUGAGUAUCAUGGACCUGAAUCUGACCAAGCGACGGAGCUUAGGUCAAAGUGGUGGAUCAUCAGGGGGCGUGAUGGCUUCGGCCAUGUCUCUGUCCAACAACUCCGGGCAGAGCUACGAGCUCAUUAAAUCCACACAGAGCCUGGUUGAUCGUCUUCGUUUGAAUGCUGAAGACAUCACCAUCCAGCCUGUGCAUCCGUCCAUUAUCGGCCAGGACACCUGGUUUCAAAUCACCUACACAUCCAGUGGGACCACGAGAUACUUUUCAUGUCAAAAUGCCAAAGAACGCGAUGAAUGGAUCCAGAGUCUAAAGAAGACUCUCAUGCUCACUGAGGACCGACGACGAACUGACAAUUGUCUUAAACUGGUUGUGCUUGAGGUCAAGGGCCUUCGUGACAAUAAGAAGUAUUACGUUGAGAUCCAUGUGGAUGACAAGCUGUACGCCCGGACUUCGUCCAAGAAAAUGGAUGGCAUGUGCUUUUGGGGUGAGCAUUUUGAGUUCAAGGAUCUCCCUCACACCGACAAGAUCAGCUUGCAUAUUCAUAAAGACAAGGGCAAUCGCAAGAAGCCGAAGAAACCGGUCGGAAGGGUCAAAAUCUCCAUUGCAUCCAUACAAUCGCGAUAUGCGCAAGAGAAGUGGCACCCCGUCGAUAAAUCCUCGCGAAGGGAGUCCCCGAGCAUUCGACUAAAGUGUCAGUUUCAAAGUGUUGAUAUCCUGCCGCUCAGGGAUUACGAGGACUUUCUCUACUUCCUGAAGGACGAGUACAAGUCAAUUUGCAAGUUAUUUGAGCCCAACAUCAGUGUCAAAGUAAAAGAAGAGCUGUCGCUUUCACUUAUGAACGUGUUUCAUGGGGAGGACAUUGCUGAAGAUGUCUUGGCCGAGAUCGUCGUGGACGAGAUCUCAAAUAUUGAGAACGAGCAUCUCACAUUUCGAGGCAAUUCCAUCGCCACCAAGGCUAUGGAGUCCUACAUCAAAUUGGUUGGACAGCGUUAUCUCCAAAGCACCCUACAGAACGUUAUCACCGAGAGACUCCUCAACGAUCAAGAUCUGGAGGUCGAUCCAAUUAAAGUGAGCGAUCCUGAUGAACUUCGCACAAAUCGUGCCAAUCUGCAAAAAGCGGUAAAGCAAGUGUGGAGUCGGAUUGCCAAGAGCUACUCCUACUUUCCGAUCCAGUUGCAACGAUGCUUCUACAAGAUACGCCAAUAUUUGCAACACGUGGGUAAACCGGAGGUGGGCGACAAUCUCAUCUCGUCGUGUAUUUUCCUACGCUACCUCUGUCCAGCCAUUCUCUCGCCAAGUCUAUUUAACUUGACGGAUGAGUACCCGUCAAAACGAGCCAAUCGGAACUUAACCCUCAUUGCCAAGACCUUGCAAACUUUGGCCAAUUUCACCCGCUAUGAGGGCAAAGAGAACUCCAUGGAGUUUCUCAACUCAUUUUUGGACGAGGAAAGUGGGCCCAUGAAGAGCUUUCUUCACCAGAUCUCGAGUCCCUUAGCUGAGGAUGGUUGGAUCCCGAAUUUGGCUUCACCCCUUGAGAAAACAGAUCUGGGAAAACAUUUAAGUUGCUUGCACUGCAUUUUGUUCGAAAACAUUGGGAAGAUGCCGAGUGAUAAUGCCAAAGCCCUGAGGCUGCGAGAGCUCUUGGAUGACAUCAAUAACAUACUCCAUCGGCCAACUAUCAACCAACUACAACAGAUUAGUCAGCCAACAUUGACGUCGCUCCGCCAGGCCCAAGGGGAGCACACUCCAAUUGGCAAUCCCCAACAAAAGUCCACCUUCACGUGGUCAUGGACCUUGCCCAAACGACCCAAAGCCAAUGGGAACAACGACCGGAACUCAACCACGUUCUCGCACCCAAUUCCACAGCACUCUGGCAGCAAUAAGUCUUCAGCUUCAAUCAUCUUUGCUAAGCCUGAGGCUGGAAUUUCACUCUCGUCCGAUACCUCAUCAUCCACAUCAUUGACCCCAAGUCCGGGAGCACAAAUGAAAGGCAGAAUGUGGUCGACCAAAAGCUCGGCUUCCUCUUCCUCAUCCUCGGCCAUUUUGGGGCCUCAUCGGCACAAACACGCCACUGAUCUGCCAUUGCGGCGAGCAAAGAUGUCCACCAUGUCCUUGGACGAUACUGAUUCAAGUGACGACUCCACUUACUCUAGUCAGUGUCAGAGUGAUGCUACGUCUACUCCCAAGUGUACUAGCCACACCUUGCCACGCCCUGUUACCGGUGGAGUUGGAGGCUACUCCACUCAUGGACGACACAAAGGCGUUCACCGUGGGGGGAUCUCUCGAACCCAAUUGAAUGCCAAGUCCUUUUCUGACUAUGAGCACGAGAUCAUGGAGCUUCGAAAUGCCAUGGAAACCCUCCAGAUCAAAUUGAUUGAAACAGAACGGAAGCUUGAGCACCAAGAGUACUCGACAUGUUCAAGUCCAGUUCAAAGGGAAGAAAACUCGGUUCGUGAAAUGGUGAACCGACUGGUUAACGAAGAGGACCAACUCCGACGAGAUCACGUGGACAUGGAUGGAGAUCGAGGUGAGAAGGAAAGAAUGAUCUUGAUGCAACAGAAGAAGAUCGCCGCUUUGGAUACUGCCAAUGAACGACUCGUUCAAGAGUUGAACCGCUUGGGAGAGAAACUCAAAGGCGGCCUGGUCAUGGCUGAUUGUGACGGGACCAAUUCUACUAUUACUUCUACCACCGCAACUUCUUCUAACCUAACCACUAGUGAUCGAAGAUUGUCAGAACCCAGACCCAAGGCUCGAGAAACUUUCACGAGUAAUACCCUUCCGUCGCGAAGGACGACAAACAAUAUGGUCCAAGAUACGCCCAAAACGGUGGAGGAGCUUCUUGAUUCUCUCCACUCGACUCCAAUUUGAGUGUUUGCCUCAAGAGGGUUGAUAUGUUACAAAGUGCUGAUUGCGCACAGACACAAAUCUAUUUAUUCCCAUUGAUUGCUUUAAGUUGAGUUUCCCAGAGUGUGCAUUCAUUUCAUUGGAAUUCUUACCAUUUGCAGUAAGAAGCAAAAAACAGGAGUGUUUUGUUGUUCGUCUUUUUUCCCAUUUCCCGAAAAGUUGUUCUUUCUCUCAUUUGUCACCUCUGUUCUGAAUUGUGAAGAAUCGAGGGGGGAAAGGGAAGUUCUGUUUUUAUUCUGUCCACUCGGACCCCGUUUGCCUCCAGAACAACGAAAUUCACGUAUUUGUGAUCAGAGAUGAUACCCAUCUAUAUAUUCCAAUGCUGAUCAAUAUUGGAGAAUUAAUUGAUUCAGUUUUGUCUUGAGAGAAACUAACGAUAAAAAAUAAAAGAGUUACCCUA